AUGCAGAGGCACGCUCAGCACCUUGAGCACCCCGACGUGGCUGACUGUCAGUCCUCAUUGAGGAGGUCCCACGGACAGCUGCAAUGUCUGGAUUUGCCGAUCAAAGUGGAUGCCGGGAUAUGGCAGCCGAAGCCAUGGAUUCUGCAGGAAGCUGAAGAGCAGGCGAAGGCCAAUACCGAGGAGCCUCAGGUGCCCUUCACUGCACCUGCAGUGCCUCCACCGAGGCGUCUGCCACAGCGCCCCGCUCGAGAUCCACCGACUCCCCCAGAAGAGUUGGGCGGUGAUCUUGCCCCGGCUCCGGUGCCUGUUUCGCCUCGAGGCCGACGGCCAAAGAAAGUCUUCGCGGAAGAGGAGCCAUUCGAGCCCAAGCCGGGUCUGAUCGUGGAACAGAAGACGAAACCAGCACCUCCGCCUGAAGAUCCAAUCAAGGUCGGGACGUUCGAAGAUGACGAGCCCGAUGAAGCCAAAUUGAUUCCACCGGAGGCAAAGAGCAUCCUCAAGAAUCAGCUCAGCAAGGAAGCGAUAGAGGCCGCUGAGGAACAGGAGGAACGAGAUUCACUGCCGACGGAAGUCCCAGGCACGACUCCUCCGGGUCCGUUCUGGCCUCCUCCAAGCACGGCACCACCAGUCCAGCCAAUCCCUCCUCGCCCGGGCGACCCAAACUACAACUACGGCUGGGUGCCCCCUGAAGAGAGGGUGCCCUACAGCCCUCCCUGGCCAGGCGGUGGUCCGGCGGUGGCGGUGGAUCGAGCUGAGGCGGUGGUGGAGGAAGUCAACGACGAAGCCAAUGCAGUGCUCAAGACUGCCGAAGUCAACGAGACAGCUUCACAGCCUUGCAUUGGCCAUGCAGACCACGUAUGGCGGGCAGUGGUGCGAAAAUCUUGGCACGCGACAGGUGCUGUACCGAAGUACACCAUCCGGGUCGGCCUGAUAUGGCUGGUGCCCUCUGUCAGCUUGCUGCUAGGGUGCUUUCACCUGAUACCGCUACUUCUGGCGGCCCUGCUAACCCCCUUGGAGGUGCCAAAGAUCCGCGCCAAGCUCUUCGGCAAUCGCGCCAAGAAGCUGCUUCCAUGCUUGCGGGUGCCGGCCUUGCUGCGGCUCUCGGUGCUGUGGCUGCUGCAGGUCUGGUUCAUCAUCCUCUGGAGAGCGAGCAGCCCAGAGGCCUCGGAUGCAGCAAUGGGGCUAGGUGACAACAUUGCAAGCUUAGCCACCGAGCAGGUGUUGCAGCGGCUGUCUGUCGUCUUGCCGUGUGCUGGCGAGGGACAGUAUGCCUUGAACACUGUUCGGGCGGUCUACGAGUCCUUGCCCGCGGACGUCCUGCAUGAGAUUAUCGUUGUAGACGAUGGCUCCGAUCCACCACUGGCAGAGUCUUUCUUGACCCGUGACGUGGUCAAGCGUUACAGGGUCACCAUCAUACGCCAUGCCCAAACAGUUGGUCUCAUUGGUGCAAAGAAGGAUGGUGGUGAUGCUGCAACUGGUGACAUUGUAGUGUUUUUUGAUUGCCACGUGGCUCCACAGCCCGGUUGGCACGAGUCCUUUCUCAGGCUGAUUGGUGAAAACUACCGCCGAAUCGUGACACCUGUGAUAACGGACCUUGAUGUCGGGACAUGGCAGCAGAGGGGCGGCAACCAGGGACAGGCCAAGUGCUACCUGACUUGGGACGCGGACUUCAAAUGGUUCACCUCCGACGAUCCGUACGUGCCCAUCCUCUCUGGUGGGCUCUUAGGCAUCAGCAAGAGAUGGUGGAACGAGACCGGAGGCUACGAUGUGGAAAUGAUUGGAUGGGGCGGAGAGAACCUGGACCAGUCACUCAGGAGUUGGCUCUGCGGCGGUGAGAUCAUGAUGGCGCAGGACUCGUUCGUUGCCCACAUGUGGCGCUCGGCCAACGAUGCGAGAACCAGGGCUCACUACAAGGUGCAAGCAGGCGCAGCUGCACGGAACAGGCUGCGCGCGGCUGUGGCUUGGUUCGGCGACUUCUCUCUCAAGCUCUCGUCCUUCCCCGGCUUGCAGUACGAGAGGAGGAAUGCGGACGGCACACCCUGGUACGGAAACCUGGACAACAUCCUGGACGUGAAAACGCGGCUGGGGUGCAAGUCCUUCGCGUGGUUCAUGCACCGGUUCAAGCAUGUCUACGAGGAUGGCGGCCUGAUCCCAGAAGAGACUUUCCGGAUCCAACGUGAUGGCCGAUGUCUGACGUACGAGGGCGGACCUGGGACGAGUCCUGAUGGCAAGGGCACGGCUGCCUGGUGCUGA